UUCGCGACCGGUAGGUAUUUUCAAUUCUUUAUUAAAAUGGUAUCAACGUUACUACAUAAAUGCUUUGUAAUAUUUUUUAUACUAAAGUGCUGCCAGGCCGACGAAAAUUUGAGGUGGGGAGAAAACGUUACCAAGUUAUAUGAGUUGAUCUCAAGUGCCGUUAAAGAUGGUAUUGAUCUCAAAACUUCACAAUUAACUAGAAGAAUAUUUGUAAAUGACUCGUUAUAUCAGGUACACCUGAGUAAACUAAAAGACGUAAAUGGAAUUAAAAUGCAUAAUAUUGUUAUCAAACGCAGCGGUCCAGACAUUAAUUCUACAAUAUAUAUUAACAAUCCUUUAGAAGCUAAACUACCGCACCCGUUCAUGUCUUUGGAAGAAUUUAAAAAUACGUUAGUGCAACAACAACUUAAAGACCGGGAGGCGUUUUUGAGAUCGAAAAAGAAAGCAGAAUACGGUAAAAUGUGGGCAGAUAUAAAAGCUACGGCUAAAUUAAAAAUAACGUCCACUUUACCAAAACAAGCUCGUCAAGAAGGAAAGAUACCAAAGAAAACUGGAAGUAACUUAAGCAAUACUAAUACUAAAGGUAAAUUGGAGAAGGUGCAAGAGCAUAAAUCAAAUACAACUCAUAUUCAUAAACAAUCAACAAAAACAAAUACAGUUAGUAAACCUUCUACCGCAUAUUUCCGCGUUAAGCUUCUAGAUUUAGUGCAAAAAAAUCCAACAAUGCACAGGUCACCUACGAAUAAAGCCGACAAGAAUAGCAUUAAUUCAAAAACUAUGAAUGUAGUAAAACAAACAGUUACCACAAAACCGAGUAAUGUCAAUAAAGAACAAUUAUCAAUUGUUGAAGAUUCAAAAAUUAGUACAGAAUAUCCAUCAAGCACAAUUGAUGGAAUAACUAUUAAAGAAGAACUAGCUGCUAGUAAUGAUAAUCAUGGAUUAAGUACAAUUGAUGGAAAAAUAACAAGUACAGUAGGAGAAGCAACUAAAAUUGAUGAAGACGUAUGGAAGGGUGUUCAUGAAAAGGAACUGACAAAUAUAGAUGAUGAAAGUGAAGAAACGAGUACUGUGGAAUUAACAACAGAACCUUCUACUACUACUACGACCACUUCUACUACUACAACUCUACCUGCGCCCACUACUACUAGACCGAGAUGGAGUAAACCUCGCGUGCUUUUGGGGGAUAAGCCGGAAGGCGCUUCAACAUCAACAACUAGUUAAUUGAUUUUUGUCUAAUUCUAAUUAAAGCUGUAAUUUAC